CCUCUCGAUUUGUAUGCUAGAUAUGAGCAACCGACCAGAUAAUGAGCUGUAUCAGUUCUAUCAGCUCUAUCUGACGCAACAAGAACAAAUUCGGAAGAUGACUUUUCUAGAGCCCAUUCCCCACCAUCCUGAAUCUCUUUCUAGGCGUUUGAAGGUUGCACAUCCAUUCGCUUGUACGAGGGGAACCUUACGGCCGCCCACUGAGAAGUUGUGUCCCUUGCGGUUCGAAGCCUGGACAGAGAGGAGAUUUACAGCUCUGUUUGCGAGUUUCUCGCGCUAAGUGAAGGAGCUAUAAUAGAAUGGGGAUAAUGUUGAAUAACUGAAUGAGUCUCAAGCCCAGGCUCAAACAGGUGGGGUAUCAUGUUCCAGGUCUGACGCAUUCUGCGUUCAUCAUGACAAUGAUACUGAUACACCCACUCUUCUUACUACAGAGCUCUACAAAGCUCCCCACCUAAGUAACCGAGACUGCCAAUCUGGUUAACGAGCUUUGAUUGCAUUCUGUAUGUCCAGGGUCAAAAGUCUACAACCAAAAAAGAUCUUCUAGGCUCUGGGCGUUAUCCACAGAGUUAUUCAUGCUCUGAUUAUAGAGGAAAAUCACCAAUUCGGACCCAGGCGCAAGAUAAAUUAUGCAAGGCUACAUCCAGCUGUACAGAAUUCACAGACCCUAACUCUGACCCAAACGUCACUUUAAGCCAUAUCGCACCCC